AUGGAAUCCGAUGAUGAACUUGAUUGCCCUCUUUGUAUGGAGGAGUUUGAUAUUGCUGAUAGAAACUUCAAACCUUGUUACUGUGGCUAUCAGAUCUGUAGAUUUUGUUGGCACCAUAUUAGGGAAAACUUGAAUGGUCGCUGUCCUGCAUGUCGUCGAGAAUAUACUGAGGAAAUGGCACAGUUCAAACCUGUUAGUGCUGAUGAGUUACAGCGUAUAAAGAAAGAAAAGAAAGAAAAGGAAAAGCAACAAAAGGAUAUGGAAUCUGCCAACCGUCGUCAUUUAUCCAAUAUGCGAGUUGUGCAAAAGAAUCUGGUUUAUAUCAUUGGCCUUCAUCCCAAGCUAGCAACGGAAGAGAUUGUGCGCUCAAACGAUUAUUUUGGUCAGUUCGGUAAAAUCUCUAAAGUUGUCAUCAACAAGAAGCCUACGCUUCCUCCCUCGCAAAUCAGUAUAAAUUCUGCUCUACCAAGUGCUGCUGUUUAUGUCACGUACUACAGAAAAGAAGAUGCAGCAAAAGCUAUUGCUGCUGUCGAUGGAAGCUUGAUUGCUGAUCGAGUAGUUAGGGCUUCUUACGGUACCACAAAAUACUGUACUUAUUAUCUACGUAAUAUGACAUGUCCAAACCCGAAUUGUCUCUACCUCCAUGAGCAAGGAGAUGAUAUCGAUACUAUUUCAAAAGAGGAACUGGCCAAUAGUAAACACCACAUGCGCGACAUGCUCACUGAAGACGAUAAAUAUGAGGGAGUGAGUAGCAAACCUUAUCCAACAGCUUCAUCUUCUUCAACAACAACAACAGCAACAACAACAGCAGCAGCAGCGCAUGGUCACACACCAGCAGUAUCUUCAUCUUCAACAACGGCCGCACAGGCUCAUUCACAUCAGCCACGACCUCUUCUAUCGAGCGAAGAUUUCCCUGCCGUGUCAGCUAGUCUAAAAGGCUCUCAUAAGGCUACUGCAUCUUCCAACGCUGCCACCGAUGAUUCAGCGUUACCCGCUACAGCGUCAUGGGCUAAGAUGGGAGCUAGCAACGGUAGUACACCUUCUACACCUAUCAUGACGGUUUCUGAUGCUUUUGGACCUUCCUUAUCUGAUGCUGUAGCAGCAGCUCAGCAAAAGGCGCAAUUCCCACCAAUGCCUAAACGUAAAAGUGAAAAGAAGAAACGAAAGGAACAACAACAAAAGGCAGCGGCAGCGGCAGCCACAAUAUCUGAAGCUUCUUCUGUUGUUAGCGAACCAACAGGGUCUCAGAUGAUGAUGACCUCAGCUCAUAAUGAAGAUGAUCAGCAACAAGACAGAGACAACAAGAAAGAUACUCAAAACCAGAAGAAGGAAAAGACAAAGAAUAAGAAAUCACCUUCUAUAUUUGAACAAGGCUUGACUGGAUUUGUAUUGGGUCAAGCGUACCGGGAAGUAUUUCCUAUGUUGGACCCAGAAGUACUGCUACAACAGCAACAAGAAGAGUACUACGAUGAAGAUAUGAGCAGUAGCGAGUAUAGCAGUGACACCCUCAGUGUAGGUAUUUCAGCAUUGAAAUUAGAUGAUGAGAAUAUCAAAGAAGAGAAUGACAUACAGCAGCAAGUGUUAUUGGAGCCAUCAGCAGCGCAAAGAAAUCUAGAAGCUAUACAAUCAGCCUCCAUUUCUUCGUCGACCAUUCCUUCCGUUUUGGAUUACUUGACGUAUUCAACGCCUACACCGAAAUAUACUGGUCUCUUCAAUCCUUUCGCUCACAUGUCUAUGUUGACUUCUAACAAUGCAGUCGCUUCUUUCUUUAAUGUUGCUGCUGCUACUCCUCCCGCUGCUACAAAUACAACUACAACAACAAAUCCUGCUGCUGUUGCUGCUAAUUUAGAUUCUCCGGUACGUAGACAUUCCAGAUUCAACUUUGCUCAAGCAUAA